UUGGGUCACAUUCUGAAUGAUCAGACCUUAUUUUGGAGUGCUAGUUUAUAUUUUCAGGGGUUACGUCCCAUUUUAGAGGGACAGCUAGUAGCUUAAGGACGUGAGACUCACCCUAACCUCUUACAUCCAUGUAGACACAUAAAUAAUUCUAGACAGUGAAUGUAAUUACCUAGACAAUAAUAGAUGCAGUCAUAUCAGAUCAAAAUAGACCUAGACAUAAAUGGACCUAGAUACUCAAUCAACACCUGGAUACUCAAGUGAACGUUGAUAUGAAGGUAAAGUUAAGUAACUUAUAUGUAAGCAACGUAGCUAGGGGUGUAAUGCCAGAUGUAAAUAUAGAAAUAAUCACAGUGACAGGUAGAAGAAUGUAAUUACAUAGACAAACAUAGAUUUGUACGUUAUUAUCUCUAGGUCCACAUGUGAUCUACAACACACACAGGUGCCUACAUAUGGGUAGCAAACCUUGAUACACAAAUGCACAUGUGAACCUCCAAAUCACUUCAUAAAAAGUUCAUAGGUAGACCUAAACGUAGACACAAAGCUACCUAAAUAUAUAGAAAGCAAAUGAAUCCAUCGUUCGCCAUCUACCAUCGAACCCCAGCACCAUCUUGAUGUCCAGCUGUUCCCGUAUUUUCGGGCAAAGCGCGCGAAAAGAAAUCCGGCCGAGAAUCGUUCGCUCGGCUGCACUCGCCGUUAAACCGAAGCCGCACGAUCGCGGUAAGAAACCGCGGGGACCGAUCUGGUGGGGUACCGAAACGGUCGAGCAAGCGUACAAAGCAAGUGAAGGGAGAAGUUGUUGUCCCGAGGUCGAUAACUAAGUGUCAGUAGUCAGAGUCAACCCGUGGAGGAUUAGACCGAACCGAGAGCAGCAAUGAGCCACCCGAGGAUCGUGACCCUAUUGGCCCUGGCGGUUUUUUUGCUCUCCGUCGAAGGAACUACUCUUCUGGGUGCACCACCCUGCCCCGACCCAUAUGGGAUCCACGCGUACCCCCACCCUGAAAGCUGCAACGCAUACUUCCUCUGCACAAAUGGCACCCUGACCCUCGAAUACUGCGAGAAUGGACUACUUUUUGACGGUCACGGAUCUGUGUACCAACACUGCAACUAUUAUUGGGCUGUUAAUUGCGGAGAUCGCAAGGCUGACCUGACCCCACACAGCACCCCCGGCUGCGAAUUCCAGUUCGGAUUGUACCCCAUCAGCGAUUCAUGCAGCACGACUUAUAUCAAAUGCGUUCACGGACAUCCUGAAGAAACACAUUGCGAUGCAGGAUUAGUGUACGAACCGAAGAGUCACACCUGUGUGUGGCCUGAUCAAUUAUUGCCCUAUUGCAACCCGGAGGAAAUAGUUGGAUUCAAGUGCCCUCACAAGGCGCCCUCUCACGGCGCUGCUGCCAAAUUCUGGCCAUAUCCCAGAUUCCCAGUGCCCGGUGAUUGCGGAAGAUUAAUUACCUGCGUCGACGGACAUCCACGACUGUUAACCUGCGGAGAGGACAAGCUUUUCGAUUCCGUAUCUCUGAGCUGUAUGGACCGUGAUGAACUGCCUCACUGUGCCAAUAACCUCUAAAUUAUUUAGAAGCAGUGAAUUGCAUCAACCAGGAACCUUGAAAUUUGUUAACAUUCGAUUCAUUCUCUCAAACUAUCAGUUUAUUUAUGUAAAACAACACGAAGUAGUAAUUUAUUUGAUUUUUAACCAUAAAAAAUUAGCUCCGAAAGAAAAAAUAGAUCUCUGUAAUUAUUAAAAAUUUAUUUCUCCGUGUAAACUUAGUUACCAUUUUGAAUAAAGAAAAAAGAAAGAAAUAUGUACAAUCAGUAUUUCGAAUAAAAAAUGUGGACAUGCGUACAAAAAAUAUACAACGUAUACUUUAUUCCAACGUGUCUACAUUCGUACAGGUGUUUCUGAUCGACUUACCUAUGAUUAACGCGAGAAGACGGUGAGAAUGGCUACGAGGAAUAUUUACACUUUGACUAAAUAAACAAAUAAAAUGAUAAAAGAACGGUCGGUGAGAGCUUAACGAUUAAAGGGGGAUACAAUCAAAAUGUGUACCUUACGAUAUUACAUACAUCGUUUAACUUAAAAGUACGUGCAGAAAAGGUGACGAUAAUCGUCGACGAGAAAGGACAGAAGAAAACUGUUACUUCCGGUGAAACGUAACAGAACGUAUUCUAGAAGCGGUGAAUAUACAUAAAACAUAGAAUUAAGUUUCGAGAGCUACCGAUUUGUAUCGGUGAAUUUUUUUUUUAAAGCCAAUAUGGCGGUUUUGAAUGAAUUUUUGAAGCGUUCUUUGUGGAUGACUCUUAAGUUGUGUUACUACGUAUGCUAUAUUUAAUGUUCAAAUUUAAAGUUGGAUUCUUGUUUUGCAUUUAUAUAUUGUAUUUUUUUUUCAAGUUUAAAUA